UUCCUCGAAGUACUCGCUCGUUUAAAAUCUGCAGUGUUCUCUGUCUUUACACGUUCCACACCAAAAUUUAACCAUGUUCCGUCGUGUUGCCUUCGCUUGCGCCGCUUUGCUCAGUGUUGUGUCUGCACAGUUGACCGUCACGUCUCCUGGUACCAAUGACUGGUGGGUCGCGUCGUCGACGAACACACUCGCGUGGACAUGUUCGACUUCCCCGUAUUUGAACUUCACCAUUCUUCUCGCCAACCCGAACUCCCAAAUUCUCCCUGCACCCCUUGCCAUCAUUGCUGUUCAAGAAAACUUUGACUGUUCCAAAACCAUCACCCAGCAGCAGUCUGCGCAACCCGCCGGCACUGGCUACGUUGUUCAGUUGGCCAACACUCUGAACUCCACUGACGUCUAUGCUCAAAGCCAGCCUUUCGAGAUCAAGGCUCUCGGUUCGUCUUACCCCACAACCACCACCAGCGCAGGUAGCACUUCUACCGGGACCGCGUCCGGCAGUGCUGGGGCUGCAGAAUCCACCAAAACAGGUGGUGCAUUUGCGGAAUACGUUCCUGUAGGCAUGAGCAUGGUUGCCGCUCUUGCUCUUGGCUUGGUCGUUGCCUAAUUUUCGUUUCUGGACUUGGGACUCCGAUACAGAUAUCCCUUUGUUUAUUAUCUUUUCUUCUUCAGGACCCUCCACUUCGUGGACAUAUAACUGCCUUGGGAAUGUCAGUUUUUACAGCCCUAUGACCUAAUGUGCGGCGUGACGGUUUUGGACGUCGUGGUUUAACGAACUGUUGUUUUGCUACUACUUGGAUUGUGUUAUGAACUUGAUUCAAGUCGUCUGGCCUGAUUGUGCAGCUGUUGAGCUAGUGGUCCUUGAAGAUAGUGGCAAAUUGAUCAUGUUAUGAGACUUAUGUAGGACCGUGUUAGGGCCACUGGUUUGAUUAUCGACUGUCGCUCAUUCAAUCGUGCGGACA